UGCUGUUCUCAGCUUGGGUCGGCUCGCCAUGUGCCACGCGGAACGAUUGGCGCGCCAUGGACACCAUGGACCUGACGCAACGGGAGGAACAGGUCGUCACUGCGGACGACACAGUCAGCAGUUUAGGUUUAGUCUUCGUGAAUUUGCCACCGCUGCCACCUCCUCCGAUGAUUGUGAAGCACGUGCAUUCCGGCACAUGGGCAGAAACUGCGGGGAUUGGCCCCGGCUGCGAAGUACUGGAACUCGGCGGUUUAAAGGUUGGAAACAUGACACGGGAGGAGUUUCAAAAAGUCAUCAAGAGCAGACCUUUGCGAAUUCGAGUGCAGCCGCCCAAUUGCACUGCAUGGAAACAGGUGGCGCAUUUCCAGCGCGAAGUAGUUCGGCUGCAGUUGAAGAAGGUUUUGCUCCAGAAAUCUCUUCGCGAUGAGCAUGACAAGGUCAAGGCCGAGUUAGGCCUCGAUGUGCAAGCGGAAGAGGAGCGAAGAACGAAGAACAAGGAAAGCAAAGCGGAAAUUGCUCGGGAAAGGCAACGAGCAGAAGAUCAGAAGCAACAGCUAUUGAAUCAAGAAGCAGAAAUCCAAAAACAGAAGCAGCAGUGUGAAGCGUUUGACCGAGAAACACAAAAUCGAAGAAGGAAGUUGGAAACAGAGAAAGUGCAACUGGAGAAGCAGCAGGCGGAGUUGGAGAAGGCGCGGAGCGACUUCCAAGAACUGCGGAAGAGCAGCAGAGAGGCCUUGGAGAAGGAGAAACAGGAGCUGGUAGCGGAGCGACGCCUCUUGGAGGCUCAGAAGGACCAGGCCUCGCUGGCGGCGGAGGACAACGAGGCGUUCGCAGCGGCCCAAGAGGGGCUGCAGCGGCAACGGCAGGAGCUGGCAGAUCAGAGGGCUGACUUUGAGAUGGCCAUUGAGCAGAUGCGUCUCAAGAUGGAGAGGGAACAGGAAAGCAUCUUCCGCGAACGAGCGGAGAUGGAAGAGGAUGCAGAGCUCAUUGCCACACAAAGAGCCGAGCUGCAGGCACAGAAAUCCAAGGUUGCCGCCCUGGAAGCUGAAAUCGACAAGCAGAGGGCAGAAGUUCAGGUGAACCAAGAUCAAUCACAACGUCAAUUGGAGUCACAGCGUUUGGAGAUGAGUCAGCUGCGUGCUGAGAUCGACAAAGAGCGAGCAGACUUCAGCGAGAAGUGUAAGAAAGUCCAGCAGCAGCUGGCGACACAAAAGCGUCAAUUGGCGCAGGUGAAGAACAAAUUGGUCGCCGAGAAGAACGCUCUCGAAGCAGAGAAAGCCAAAUUCAAUGUCAAAACCUGUGAGGAAGCCACACAAACAGAAGCAUCGCAGACCAGUGCUGAGACCCAGACGGAUGCAGUGGUAGUUGCACCUGCAAGCGCGCUGGAAGAAGCUGAGGAAGGCAACCAGGAGAGCAGCGAGAACACAGAUCCGUCGCCUGCGGAGGGCGGCAAUGCGAAGUUCACGGCGCAGCAUCUGGUGGCAACGGAACUCAUGGAGCUCACGGCGAAGAUUCAGGCGUUGCUGCAGGAUCCCAAGUUCGAUUCCAAGCCUUCCGAGCUUCGUGUGCUCAGCGACACCUUGCAGCGCAUGGUGGAGACCCUGCCGCCGGCCGCGCGUGUACCGGGUGCAGCACCCAACGCGGUGCCGUCGAGUGCACGGAGGCUGCAGAAGUCCAGGGAAAGGAUGACCCAGACCCACCGCGCUGCCAGCGCCUUCGCCGCGGCGCGCAGCGGCUGCAGCCGGGAGGAUCUAGACGCGGCCGCGGCGCGCGCUGUGACGCCAGAAACGACGCAGUCGGAGAACUUGGCCAAGAAGGCCUUGGCUCAGACGGUGGUGGUGCGCAAACUCUUGGCAUCAGAGUUGAACAAACAAGAGCCCUUGAAGUCGCCGUCUGCAAGAUCUCUGUCCCGGACAGAGCCCUUUCCGAAGAACAGGACUCGGGGUCCUGCUUGGGGCUUACGCUCGCGGGCGACCUGAGAUGUUCUGACAAAGCGCCUCCGGUUUGUCGGCCUGUCGGCCAGAGGGUCCCCAAGACUGAGA